GGGGGUGCGCUCCCACCUAGCGCUGGGGCACGGCUGGGCUGCUGCGCGGGGCCCACUGGGAUGCGAGAUCAAAAUUGAAAUAGCUUUAGUGGUGAAAUGAACUCACUAUCUCUUCGCUGCUUGCAGCUCGCAGACCAAUUCUGUAAUGCUAUCGGAGUGUUGCAGCAGUGCGGCCCCCCAGCCUCUUUCAGCAACAUUCAGACGGCAAUAAACAAAGAUCAGCCUGCUAAUCCAACAGAAGAGUACGCCCAACUGUUUGCAGCAUUGAUUGCACGAACUGCAAAAGAUAUUGAUGUUCUAAUAGAUUCCCUGCCUAGUGAAGAAUCGACAGCAGCUUUGCAGGCUGCUAGUCUGCAUCGGUUAGAAGAAGAAAAUCAUGAAGCUGCUGCCCGUCUGGAAGAGGUAGUUUAUCGUGGGGAUAUGCUGCUGGAAAAGAUCCAGAGUGCCCUGGCAGAUAUCGCCCAGUCGCAGCUGAAGACGAGAAGCGGCACGCAUAGCCAGCCCCUUCCAGGCUCCUAGCGCCAGCCAGCGGGCAGCGCUCCCCAGCAAAGCUGAGCUGCAGCAAGUCAUGUUGGAAACGCAGGGGGGGCUGUAACACCCAGCCCAGCUCCUGUAGGACUCUCAAGUGCUCUGAUCGUCACUUACAAUGUCUUUUAUCAAAGCUCAAACUGCAGGCUUUGUAUGAGAAACAAUUAUAUUGUGGAAUUGGUUGUUCUGUUCUAGAAUUGUGUGUAUUGAUAUAUGUUUUCUUGACCUAAAAUAUUUAUUCCUGAGCUUUCUUUUCUGUUCAUAAAUACACCUGACUUCAGUCUGAUUUGUUGUCUUUGUUACACAGGCCUUAGUCCCUAAAGGGAAUUCAGAAGGAAAAUAUAUUAAGAGUAUUUGCGCAAUUUGCUCACUCCUACUUUCAAACUUCUGUGUUCUUGGUGUAUUUUUUUGAAAGGCUCGAACACUGGCACACCUGAAUUUGCCAGAGUUCCACGGAGAUGGUGCUAGACAGUGAUGUGAAUACAGUGGUGGCCAUCUGUUUUAAUUAACAGAAGUGGUAAUUAAACAUCUGUAUUACUACUUGGCUGGUUUACCACCCUUUACAGAGCAAAUAAAAGGAUAAGUAAACUCUAAUGUUUGCAGAGUAAGUGUUCUUGCCAUUGGCAUAUCACUUAAAAAAAAUAAUGAAUCUGCAGGUAUCUGAUACUGGCAUUUAUUAUCAUUUGUAAUUCACAAAUGGGUCUUUGACUCCAUUAUUGCCACUGACGUGCUUUCUCUUGCUUGCUUGUGCCAUUUCUCUCCUGCUGAUACUCUUGUGUUCUCGUGGCAUCUGGUGGAUGCCUCUAAAGCAGGCAGUAAUGAGGAAGCACUGGAUGACUGGGAAGAAAUUAGCAAUGAGGAAACUGAAAAUAACUUAUUAUGUAAUGCUACUUUUCAGCAUAAGUGGUGGCUGCCACAUGAAUGCUGUGGUCAUAAGCAGCAAGAGGCCUGUUGUCCCCAACAUGCACUAGAGGUUUUUUUGGUUUUAUCUUCACAGGCUGAAUAAGUUUUUGCCACUUGUCUUAUGAUUCUAGAACUACCUCUUUAUAUUUGAAAAAAAACCCCACCAGAUAAUGUAGGGUUCGAUGCAUGAGCUUGGAGUGGAACUGUUAAGUCAUUUUUCUGUAUUUUUGAGUUAGCAGCCUUGUGUUAUUGUAGGGUGCUGUUUAUUGCAACAUAAAUCUGCUCAUUUCCUGAUCAAAGCUACCUACUUCUAUAUAUUGGACAUGCUGCCAUUGACUUGAAAGUUACAGGUGUUGCUAUUGCAAAUAGAUAAGAACGAUUCAAAUACGUCUUUAGCAUCCUGAUCCUUAUGGAAUUAGGUGCAGCCACUGGCUAGACUGCACUGGUGAAAGGAAGAGCCUAACAUGGUACAGGAUGCAUCUUGUGUGCAGCCUGUUUUAAGGAUGACAAAAUACAAAGCUGUUUCUACCUGUAACAAAUACUAGAAUGAAAGUAUUUAGUCAGACUGGUAUGUAAUUAAAUAUUUAAAAUUAUUUUGUCAAAUUUGCAUAUCUGUAGUAAUAAAUUACUCUGCUAUUGUGAGGCUCUUGUACUAUCCAGAUUCCACAGAAGGAAAAAUGUUUGGGGAGGUGAAGACGCUACAGCACAACCCUAGUUCUGUAAACAGGUUCUUUAUUAAGAAUAACUGGGCUGUGGCGAUUUACUAAGCCAUGUAAAUGCACCCAUGUCCUGGGAGACUUGAGGGGCCAGAUUUUCAUUUGAAGUCAGCCAUGGGGCCUGGUUUUGGUUUUGGUUUUUCCUAGAAAGACUCCAUCAGGUGCAUCUCAAAUUGGUUGGGGGGUGGGAUGGAUUUUUUUGUUCUUGUUUGCUUUUUACACUAGUGGACUUUGAAAACUUAAGAGUGAAAUGUUUGGGCUUUGCUUGUGUGGGUGUUUUGGUUUUUGUUUUGUUUUUUUUUUAUUGAGAUGUCUUAAUUUGAGAUCUUUAUGUUGCUGGAAAAGGGGUUAGAGCUUCGUAGUAGAUUCCCUCGAAUAGCUGAACGUGUGCAUCGCCUCAAAUUUGUUAACUUGGAAGCUUUUGCUGUGGGAGAUGGUAUGCGCUUCAGUAACGUUACAGUUCUUUUAACUUCAAAUCUUUCUGUCUUCUGUACCUGAAAACAGCUGUAUUUCUGCAGCCUGGUAUUGCCUAAUUGUAGGAGUUUAGUUUUUUAGUUGCUGUUUAUUUGCAUGUGCUAGCCCAUUUUAUGUCACACUGUGUGUCGCUAUGAAACAGUUAAUCACACUUGGAAGCAAACCUUAACCAGAGGUAUACGCUCCCUAGUAAGUAUGUGUGGUUUUUCAGUACUUGUGUCUAAUUCAGUGAAUUUUGCCAAUUUAAGAGACGUGGCGUGUGAUAC